AUGCGUUUCACCACCUUCCUCGUUUCUGGCGCUCUCGCUGCCGUUGCUGUCGCUCAGUCUGCCACCACUUCUGCCAGUGUCGCUGAAUCAUCCGCCGAAGCCUGUCUGAAGAACUGCCCGGAAAGUGAUGUAAACUGCAGGGCUCACUGCAUCGCUGUUCCUUCUCCCAAUGAUCAGAACAUCGCAAACACCGAUGCGUGUAUCAGAAAAUGCAAUCAGGGCGACGGCAGCGCAGAACAGUCCAAGGCAUACGGGGAGUGCAAAAAGGCUUGCGAGGAGAAGUACUACUACGUCUCCAGCGGGGGAACUCCCCAAGCUACUGGAGGUACCGGUAACAACGGUAACAGCGGCGGUUCUGCAUCUGGCUCUGACGCCUCGCCCACUGCCACUGCCACUGCCACCGGCACUGGCGCUUCUCCUUCUCGCUCUGCCUCUGGUACUGGUUCUUCUGGCUCCCGGACCACUGGCUCGGGGUCUGCAUCGGGUACCCAGACUGGCACCGGAGCUUCUGCUACCAAGACUGGCGCCGCUGCCGGCCUCACUAUUGGCUCGUCUGGUGCCUUUGUCGGCGCCCUUGCUGCCCUUCUUGCUCUGUAA